UCAUAUUGAAUUUUUUGAUCAUUUUUCAUAUAUAGAUCUAGGGUUUGCAAUGAAGCGGAACGAGACAAGUUCCCAGAACAAGUUAUUGAGGAAGACCAUUGAAAAGAAUCGAAGAAUUCGAAUGAAAGCUCUUAGUUUUAAGCUUGUUUCCGUCAUUCCAGAUCGCCAUUUCAGCCAACCCAAGGAAUUGCUGUCACAUAUAGAUCAGAUAGAUGCAGCAUCUGCUUACAUCAAGAACAUGAGAGAGAGAAUUGAAGUACUAAAUAGAAGAAAGGCACAGGUCAUAAGUUCCUACGCAGCCAGAACUGGUCAUGACGGAGCCGGGCACAAGUAUCCGAUUCUGACAGUGAAGGAGUUAGGUUUAGGUGUAGAGGUGAUGUUGAUUAGUGGCCUAAACAAGAAUUUCAUGCUAAGUCAAGUGAUUAGCGUAAUCGAACAAGAAGCGGCUCAAGUUCUCAGCGUUAACAUCUCCCGUGUUGGCGAAACCAUCAUCCACACUAUCCAUGCUCAGGCUAAAAUUUCAAGGGUUGGGGUGGACACUUCAAGAAUAAGUGAUAGGAUACAGGAGAUCAUUUCCUCAAACUUGUGAAAUUUCUUGUUGGAAUAUUGUAAAGUUCUACAAUAAGCCCAUGGUAAAUAAUAAUACUACAAGGAGCUCAACCUUAAUUUCUCUUCCAAGUUUGAUCAUAUACAUUUACCUUAGGAAAGAGAAAUGCAGGAUACUGUUAGCUCCAUCUGAUUUCAGUUUUCAUUGUAAUAUAAUAUAAUUUUAAA